AUGAGCGAGAAGGGGAAAGGCUUUUCGGAGGCCCAGGUCCUGGGCCUCGAGGGCCCGCCGAAAAUGAGCAAGAACUGGUCGUGGCAGCGCAAGAAGCGCCUCUCCCGGGCUCUCGAGACCUUCGACAAGUUCCAGCCGGGCAAGAUCCGCCAGGUCGGGUGCUUCCUGGCCGGCGCAAACAACUACUCUCACACGGGCGCCACCGCCAACGCCCAGUACUUCGCGUACUGCUCGACGCUCGCAGUGUACGCAUUCUCGUGCCGUACGCGGACGCUCGCGGCGGUGCUGUCCCAGUUCGAGGACAACCUGAGCGCGUGCGUGCUGUCGACCGUCGAGCCGGAGGUCGUCGCCACGUGCACCUGCACCGGCCUGCUUCAGGUGUGGAACGUCAUCUCCUGCGACCUCCUCGCCGAGACGCGGUACGACAAAGCGGACCCCCCGCGGCUCCUCGUGUUCGACAAGGUCCACCCCAAGGUCCUGCACAUCGCCACCACGCGCACCGUCAGCAAGGUCGGGUGGCAGGACAAGCCUGAGGGCGCCGCGGAGACCAUGCCGCUCAACGUGCUAGCAGGCCCGUUCAAGGUCGGGUCCACGCACGAGGUCCGCACGCUCAGCAUCAGCACGCGCAACCCCGCGCUGGCCAUCGUCGGGUGCACGGACGCCAUCUUUUACGUGUACGAGCACCAGGCCACGAAAGGGCGCGGCGACCGCCCGCUGGGUCUCGGCAAGCCGAAGAAGCUCGGGGAGAUCACGUCGGAGUUCGCGGACGUCCAGUUCGACCUCCUGUCGCCCACGUACGCCGUCCUGUGCCUCAAGGACGGCCGGAUGUACCUACACGACCUGGAGCAGGGCAUCAACAUGGUAUCCUUCUCCAAGCAGGCCGUUGGGAACUGGCGCGUGUGCUUCCUCCCGAAGAUGCCCGGGACGUUCGUGACGGUCUCGGAGCGCGCCGGCGCGCUGCACGUGUGGAACGUCUCGCAGGGGCAGCCGCUGCGUUCGCUGCGCACCGGCCUGCCCGGGAUCAGCAGCGUGUGCUUGCUCGAGGACUCGAGCGUCGUCGUGCUCACGGCGACCGACGGCAGCGUCAUCUGCUACGACGUCGAGACGCGGCGCGUCGCCUGGGACGCCAACGCCGGCCACACGGAUACCAUCUUUCAUUGCGCGCUGUCCAAUAAGGAUCCCGAUGUGCUGGCGACGUGCUCGUUCGACCGCAUGGUCCGCAUCUGGAACCUGCGCGACAUGGAGUGCACGCAGGUCCUCCCGGGCGCCGCGGACGUCCUGUACAGCGUCAGCUGGUCGCCCGACGACGCGCUGAUCGCCGCCGCGUGCUUCAACGGCUCGGUCGUGCUCUACGACGUGAAGAAGGGCGUCGCGAAGCGCUCGCUCAAGGUCCACCAGGCGCGCUGCAUGAAGGUCGCGUGGCACCCGACGAACCAGGACCUGCUGUGUUCCGCCGGCAACGACAGACGCUGCGUCGUGUUCCGCAUGGAUGGCUCCGGCGUCGCGGAGUUCACGCACGCCGCGGCCGUCAUCGGGUGCUGCUGGAGCCCGCACGGCAAGGACAUCAUCGCCACGAUCGACCACUCCGGCAUGGUGCGCGUCCUCGACGUCGGCCAGGUUGCGCUGGUCGUCAAAUUCCCGUCGAUGCACCAGUCGACGGGGUUCUCGGUCGCCUGGUCGCCGCUCGUGCCGGACCUGAUCCUGUCGACGUCGUCGGACGGCACGGCGCGCGUGUGGGACGUGGCGAAGAAAGUGUCGGUGCAAUGUCUGGAGGGGCACCAGGACAGGGUCCGAGCGGCCACGUGGCACCCCGAAGUGCCGUACCUGGCGUUCACGGGGUCCUGGGACGCGGACAUCCGCGUGUGGGACGUCCGAAGCGGAGCGUGUCUCGCGGCGUGGUCGCAGCACCAGGCCGACGUGUACGGCAUCUCGAUCCACCCGAAACGGCCGUUCGUGCUGUGCACGUGCUCGCGGGACACGACAACCACAGUGCUGUCGAUCGACGACAUGUUCACGCCCAUCAAGGUCGGCGCGCUCAUGGGCCGCUCGCAGCAGGGCGUCACGGACGACGUGAUGAAGAAGGGCGCGCCGCCGCAGCUGUGCGGGCCCGUCGGCGCGCACGUGGGGGAGUCCCCGCAGUUGUCCCCCCUGGAGCUGCUCGAGCGCGUCGCGGACGCCAUGCUCCCGCAGAACGGCAGCCAGGCGCUCGUCGAGCUCGUGCGCGCGUCGGUGAGCCCGGGGAACAGCGGGGGCAGCGUCGUGCACUCGGCGCGGGUGCCGCACAUGUCGCGCGUCGCCGAGAUCCUCAACGCGCAGGCGCAGGAGGUCGAGCUGCUGCGGUCCACGACGAAGAUGCGCGGCAUCGGCGCGGCGUCCCGGCGCCUCGAGGUGCUCAACAAGGCCGCACGCGCGCACCUGCUGGCCGGGAACAUCGGGCAGUGCGCGGACAUCAUGGCCGAGCUGGGGCGGUGGGAGGAGGCGCUCGUGAUGGCGUCGCUCGACUCGCCGGAGAAGUGGCGCAGCAUGGUGGCCCGGCGCGGCCAGGACCUCCUCGACAACGGCGGCACCGUUGACGACGUGGCGCCGAUGUUCCUGGCCUCGGGCGACACGUCGCGGCUCGUGUCGAUGCUCAUCGCGGCCGAGCGGUACUCGGAGGCGUACUCGAUCGCGGCCAUGCGUCAGCUCGGGGGCUACUCUGUGGCCCCGCAGGUCAACCCAGUGACGAACCGUCACUCGCGGACGCGGUCCCAGCCCGACAUGGGCGCGAUCGACGGCCUCGCGCAGAAGCUCGCGAAGGAGAAGAUCGGAGGGGACGGCGAGGCGUCGCCGGCGCGCGAGGCCUCCGCGGCAGAGGGCAGCGCCGCGUCCACGUCCACGCGGUCGCCGCUGCCGCCGUCGGGGCGCGCCGUCCUCCCGCCGCUGCAGCGCGUCGGCACCGCCGGCCGCGGCGGCGACCUCCCGCCAUCCGCGGGCAGCAGGCGCCGGCGGGGGGCUCGCCGCCGCCCGCCGACGCGCAGCAAACCCCCACGGCGCCCCCGCAGCCGCAGCCGGCGCUGUCGCGGAAGGCGUCCGCGCUGUCCCGCGGCCAGGCCGGCCCGAUCUCCGGCCGCGCGACCGCGCAGCUCGUCGCGAUCCAAGCGCUGCAGGCCCAGCGCUUCCUCAUGCGGCUCGAGCCUGUCUGGGCGGCGUGUUGCAUGA